AUGAGAGAGCUGGACUCUUUCGAGACUGUACCCAAUUGUUACUCUGUUCUGCAAGGAAACACAACAGUUCAUGGCUUGCCAGUGAUGCGCAAAUUUCGUGUAUCAAUGACAGUUUUAUUCCAGCACGGUUUAUUUUGGUUGUUUUGUGAACCUCCUACAAUGCGGAGUAAAGUUUCAUGUUUCGAUAUAUCCAGGAUGCCCGAUCUGUACUUUGUCACGCACGACUGUUAUUUGUACACGGGGCUACAGACCUGUAUUUUGUUAGAUAUUGGCAUUUUUGCCAUAUUUAUCCAUAGUAAUGAAUUCUAUUUAGAUGGUGAUGAUAUAAUUCAUUUACUUCUUUCUAAUAUUGUACAAAUUCUUCCAUAUAUAGUUCGAUACCUUUUGGUGAAACAGAUCAGACGUAGACUAUUGGUAGCUAAACGUAACACUUUCCAGUGUGUCGACGACAAUUGUGGCACAACUGUUACCCUGCCAUAUUCUCGUUAG